AUGCCCGAAGUCACCAUCACCGGCUGGCGGACUCGGGAUGUGCGGUUUCCCACAUCCCUGGACAAGACGGGCUCGGAUGCCAUGAACGCCGCCGGCGACUACUCCUCGGCUUACUGCAUCCUGGAGACUGACUCGGAAUACUCGGGUCACGGAAUGACUUUCACCAUCGGCCGCGGCAACGACAUCGUCUGCGCAGCCAUCAACCACCUCGGCGACCGGAUCAAGGGGCGCACCCUCUCCUCGCUCGUCGAGGACUGGGGCAAGACGUGGCGCUACCUCGUCGGCGACUCGCAGCUGCGCUGGAUCGGCCCGGAGAAGGGCGUCAUCCACCUCGCGCUGGGCGCCCUCGUCAACGCCAUCUGGGACCUGUGGGCUAAAACCCUAGGCAAGCCCGUGUGGCAGAUCGUGGCCGAGAUGACGCCCGAGGAGUUCGUGCGCUGCAUCGACUUCCGGUACAUCACCGACGCCAUCACGCCCGACGAGGCGGUGGCCAUGCUCAAGGAGAGUGCGCAGGGCAAGGCGGCGCGCUUCCAGGAGGCGCUCGACAGCCGCGCCGUGCCGGCCUACACGACGAGCGCCGGCUGGCUCGGCUACGGCGAGGACAAGAUGAAGGGCCUGCUGCAGGAGACGCUGAGCCACGGGUACAAGUACUUCAAGCUCAAGGUCGGCACCAGCGUCGACGCGGACCGCAAGCGCCUGGCCAUCGCGCGCGACGUCAUCGGCUACGACCGCGGCAACGUGCUCAUGGUCGACGCUAACCAGAUCUGGAGCGUGCCCGAGGCCAUCGAGUACAUGAAGGAGCUUGCCGACUUCAAGCCGUGGUUCAUCGAAGAGCCGACGUCGCCCGACGACAUCCUCGGCCACAAGGCGGUGCGCGACGCGCUGCGGCCGCACGGCAUCGGCGUCGCCACGGGCGAGAUGUGCCAGAACCGCGUCGUCUUCAAGCAGCUGUUGAUGGCCGGCGCCAUCGACGUCUGCCAGAUCGACGCGUGCCGCCUGGGCGGCGUCAACGAGGUCCUGGCUGUCCUGCUUAUGGCCAAGAAGUUCGGCGUCCCCAUCGUGCCGCACUCGGGCGGCGUCGGCCUGCCCGAGUACACCCAGCACCUCAGCACCAUCGACUACGUCGUCGUCAGCGGGAAGCUGUCGGUGCUGGAGUACGUCGACCACCUGCACGAGCACUUCCUGCACCCCUCGGCCGUCAAGGACGGCUACUACCAGACGCCCAUGAGCCCCGGGUACAGCGUCGAGAUGAAGCCGGAUAGCAUGGACAAGUUCUCGUACCCUGGCGAGGACGGCGUCAGCUGGUGGAAGAGCGAAGAGGCGAAACCUAUUCUCGAGGGCGUGAAGAUUUAG